AUUUCGGCCGGGUGGAGGUAUAUAAACCCGGGAGCAGCGGGCCAGGCUUCACUGCAGUUUGCUCCGGUCUUCUGAUUCUUCCCACCCCUCAAGAAAGACACAAGAGCUUAAAAUGGCAUUCGCCGGUGUCCUGAACGACGCUGACAUCACUGCAGCCCUGGAUGCAUGCAAAGGCGAUGGCUCAUUCGAGCACAAGGCCUUCUUUGCCAAGGUUGGUCUGGCCGCCAAGUCUGCUGACGACGUGAAGAAGGCUUUUGCCAUCAUUGAUCAGGACAAGAGUGGCUUCAUUGAGGAGGAUGAGCUUAAGCUGUUCCUGCAGAACUUCAAGGCCGGCGCAAGAGCUCUGACUGACGCCGAGACCAAGACUUUCCUGAAGGCCGGAGACAGCGACGGUGAUGGCAAGAUCGGAGUUGAUGAGUUUGCCGCCAUGGUUAAGGCAUAAAUUGCUUUCGACCAACACCUCUUGCUCUGAAGGAACAACUUUGCCCAAGACCUCCCAUUUUCAUCUGACUAUAAAUAAUUUUUAUACAUAUGCUUAUGAGAAGUUUCCUCCCAUGCAGCACACUGUCCAAAAUGAUGAUGAUUGUGAAUGUAGCACGGCUGUGUAUCCUGUCUUAAAUAUGAAUUUUGCUUACUGUAAAAUCUAAUGCACUUUUACGGGAACGGACGAUAAGAAAAGAAUAAAUAUUCUUUUGCAAUA